AUGCCGAGCUCACAGCACGAAAGAGUGAAAAUUUUCAACGAACUCCGUCGCCCCGAGUUCGACGAUCUAGGCCAGCCAAAUCACUAUCACUUUUGCAUCAAAUCUCUCCCUUUCGUCCCGGGAGAUGCUGUCUUCAUGGUAAACCCCUGGAAUGGCCAUGAGCAUACCGAGGGCCGCACCCGCAUCGUCUCACUCCCACCAGAUCAACAAGCCAAGAUCAUCGUCCCGCUGCUCCUGUACUCUUUCAACACUCGAUUCGACGAGAGCGGGUUCAUCCACCAAAUGCACAACGAUAUGUACCCCUGGGCACCAUGGAGCUGGAGCACCACCGACCCAGUCCUCGCCAGUGCAGUCUCCACGCGACUUCGAGCAAUUGGGGUUCGAAAGGAGCUGUGUGAAGUGUCCGUUUCCGGUUCCGAUGAUGUGGAGACUGCAGAGCAGAGGUGGGCUGUGAUGGAGAGACAGCUUGAGGCUGCUAUUUCCAUUUUACCGGAUGAAUUUGCGGAAGAUGUGGAGACGAGCUGCAAUGCUUGUGGAUUUACACCUUCGCUGGAUUAUUCGUUCCAGCGUUGCGCUCGCUGUAAGGAGGCUUAUUACUGUUCGAGGGAGUGUCAGAAGGAGGACUGGAAGUUGCAUAAGAAGACUUGCACUCCGCCUGAUACAUGA